AUGUUUAUGCGUUUUAAGUCCUCAUUGUCAUUAAUUAUUAAAUUCAAUCGAGUGUUGGAAUCGAUACCGAUAUAACGGUUUCACACAACGGUCGUAUUUCCCGCUCGUACAGGUACGAGAACAAGUAACAACCAGUGUCUGAGCGUCGCCCGCUGUUUACCACUUAAACGAAUUUUCAUGUCGGUUUUAGUGGUUUUACUUUAAGAAAAAAAGAAAAAUGAAUAACAAGGAUAAAAGGCCGCCUUUCGUCUCGUACGUUCGAGUCCGUCACACAGGGUUGUCUCCAUACAAAAGCAAUUUGGGGAUGAAAGUGAAGAACACCAAAAUAACAUCGAAGACGGAGCCUCUUAGUAAUAAAAAUGUUGAACUUCCAAAUAAAUUUACAAUCCAGAAACCGACCAAAAAGGACCCUCUUCAGAGAAAAAAGGGAAAAGAAAAUGAUCAACAGGUUCCAGAUUUGGGCAGCAAUAAAGUACAAAAAACAGCCCAGGAGGUUUUAAAACAACGGAAUCCAAAAAAUGAAUGUAAACUGUCUGCAAUAGUCACACCUUUUUUACAAAGAGAUAAUAGCAAUUUAUUAGAAAAUCUACCCUCAGAUGAAAAUCCUACUCCUACACCAAGUUCUGAGGAAGAAACGACCCCGAACGCACUUUAUGAAUUUAGAACAAAGCCAAAUUCAGUAGAAUAUUGUCAAGAUUCCAGUCAGAUCUUUUAUUCCCAAACUCCGACUUCUGAGGCGUCAGGAGAUUGUAUUUCACAUAACUUGGAUACACAAGAUGGGAAUAAUUCUGAUACGAAUGAAGGAGAAGUUAUUUUGGGCACUUCUUUUAUUCACGAAAACAAUGACUGCUUAAAUGCAAAUACAACUUGUUCUGUCGAACCGGAAUGCCAAUCUUACUCAAGUUCAAAUAAUGUGACUUCUAAUGAUAUAGAUCCCAGCUCAGAAGUACAUGAGAAAAAUGCAAAUGCAGAAGUCGGUGAGCAAGAUAGUGUAGAAUCAUUUCAUCGAACAAGGUUGAAUUCAGAAAUAGAAAGACUCUCAGAAAAAGCAAAUACUUGGGAACGUUUACAGGAAAAUGUCAACCUGCCAAUUUCUGUAUUGGAUGAGGUAGACUCGACUGUCGGACAGACGAGGCUUCUAUUGAGAUCUAAGUUCAAGCAAUUUGAAAAUUUGAUCAACACAUACAGUACAGGGUGCCUCAGACCUGAGGAUUUAGUCGGCUUUUGGGAAAUGAUGUAUCUGCAGGUAACUCAACUGGAUGAUAAAUUUUCCAAAUUGGAACAGUUGGAAAAAAAUAACUGGCUUGAGAAUGAAGAAAAUUGUAAACAGACUAGAAAGAGAAGUAAAAGAGGAGGUAGAAAAAGGAAGAACAAAUUCAACCAUAUUCAAUCCAGAUUUCGACAGGCAAAAGCUCUACAAGAAAUGAAAAUUAACGAGGAACUAGAUGAGUUUGAAAGUGUGAAAAACGAUAAUGGAAAUAUAGUUAUUCAAACACCAAGCAAAGCACACCAGGAAGAAAAAUUUGAUGGCGAAAUUGAAAGUAUACUUAGGACUGAAGGUAUCAAAACUCCUUUAAUCAACAAGAAUAUAAUGGCUGCCAAACUGUCUAGGCGCUCCUCAACAGGAAUUAUUAUUAGGCAGUCAUUAUUAGGAAAAUUAUUAUAAAACAUAUUUUCCCUUU